UCCACUCCCUGCCGCUCGUUGUUCUCGACGUUCCUGCAGCGAUACAUUCCUGGCGUCCCUGCACAGCCAACAAGCCAAGCCGCGUUCGAGGAGCAAUCGUAUCGCUCGGUAACCUCGCCCGGCCCCCUUCCACGUUCUCCUAUUCCGAGAUACAGUCGGAUUCUCGGCCGUUCGCAGUUCAUUGUUACGGAUUCGCCGGUCGUCGCGGGCCUCCGUGCCGCCGCGUCGCGACCGUGCCAUAGUUGGUCUCCGCAGAUGUCUUCUCCACGAACGUCGAUUUCGCUGCUGCUGCUCCUUCUCGCGCUCCUGGCGCCGGGGGGCGAGCGCGGCGGAGUGCGGAGGGCGUCGGCGCAGACGGACUGUCCGCUGGUGGGGCAGGGCAUUGACCCGUACACGGCGGGGCUGGCGGCCGACAAGACGCCCGUCUACCUCUCCGUGCUGCUCAAAAAGCUCAUCGCCGUCGACGAGAUCCAGUACAGCUUCAGCGCCUACUUCGCCGUCGUCGUCACGUGGCGCGACCCCAGAGUGAACGACACGGUGGCGAUCAACAAGGCGCUGACGGCCAUGGGUCCCGCGCUGACGUGGCAGGCGACGGAGAAAUGCAAGCCGAACGUGACCUUAUCGGGCUUCAACAUCAGCCAGAAGGACGACUGCCUCAAGAACAACAAGCAGAACAAUCUGCCGCAGAUGGACGGCUGCAGCAAGCCAUGCACGCCUGCCGGCAUCACGUGCUGCGACUCCAUCUGGAUCCCCUCGCUCACCAUCCCCAACGUCAUCCUCUACCCGCAAGACAGAUACCAAACUGAGAGCAUAUUCUUCUUCGGGGAUUACAGCAAUGAUGCCAGUGCCGUGGACAGAGAGGCCAUUCUCGAGGGCACCUUCUCCUCCCCCUUCACCUUCCAGAACUUCCCCUUUGACUCCCAGACCCUGCGUUUAACGGUGUCAGUGGAGGGCAGUGGCUUCUACCUGGUGGGCAGCAACUCAGGCCGCAAGUCAGAGCAGGGGGGCGGGCAGCUGGGGGGAGGGGGGGGCUCGUUUGUGAAUGACGAGGUGACUGGGUGGAAGAUCACAAGUGUGGCUCUCGACUGCAAUCCUGCUCAGACCACCGUCGCCACUUCCGCCACCUACCAUCCAGAGGACCCGUGGAACGCCAUCCCUGCCAGCUCGGGCAGUGGAGGAGAUGGCAGUGCGAGCAACCAGAGCACCACGUGCAUCUUCACCAUCCAGAUCCAGCGCACCAGCGCUGUCUACGUCAUUUCGAUCCUCAUGCCGGUGAUCCUCAGUGUGUACCUCACCUUCACGUCUUUCGUUGCCAAGCCGGAGGAUCUUGAGAUUCGCUCCGGUGCCUGCCUCACGCUCUUCCUCGCGCUCACCGCCAUCCAGUUCGUCAUCGACAGCCAGCUCCCACGCACAUCCGCCAUCACCAACUUCGGCUAUCUGAUGAUCGUCUCCUACGUGGUCAUCUGGUUCUGCACCAUGGAGGCCCUCAUUGUCUUCGCCAUCGCCGAGCGCAUCGAGAAGAACGUCCAGGAGACCGUUCUCGAGAACCUGCCGCCCGCAAUGACCAGGGCGUUCAGCGUUAGUGACAAGGCAGCAAGCGAGAAGCUGAUGGAGGCGGAAGAAGGUGUGGAGCAAACUGAGAGCACGGAGGUGGAUGCCGUUGCUGAUGCUGCUGCCGAGAGGAGGGCUGCUGCGGCUGAGGAGAAGCAGAAGAAGAACGUCCCGGGCUUGCUGAGAUUUCGGCUGUUUGGCUACCAUGUGAGGCAAGCCAACCCUGACAGAGCCAAGGAAGGGAACUAUCGGCUUGCGGUCAACAUAGACAUUGUUUGUGGUCUUGUCCUCUUUGUAGGUUACACUAUCACCUGGAUAGUUCUCUACACCACUUGACACACUCCCUGGAUGUAAAGCUUUUCCGGCAUUUACGAUCACAUGACUUCUGUUAUAACGUGGAGUCGGCAUUCAUGAGUUCCGUCCUUGACUCCAUCAAUGGGUGGAAUAGGCGUGAUUGCACACUGGACAUAAAAGAGUAGAACAGAAUGGCAGUUCUCAUUGCUGUAGCCUUGGCU